AUGGGUGGCGUCGGAGAGUGCCAGUGGCCGGUAUGGCAGGUCGAUGAUCUAACGCCAUGUUUUCAGCAUGAUUACCUGAGGAUACUGCUCCCUGCAGUAGUCGUAGGGUUAUCCGUCCUGAACCUUGGUUAUCGAGGCGCCCGGCAUGCGGCGACCCGGUCAAAAAGCGCUUCGACACACGCCUAUGCGCCAGUGUCCAGUGGUGACAAUAGCCGCCCCGGCGCACAUCGAACAGACAUUUCCCCAGACGACGAGCCCAUUGUUCAAGACGACGAGGACGACGAUGAGGGCCUGGCGAUCCGCGGCGGCCGAUUAGCCCUCGUCAAGACGACGACAAAAGGCUCCAUCGUGCAGGCAGACACACCGCCUGCUCAAACACUAUCUAUAGUGGUCGAGGAGCUCGCCAUCGCAGGUUUGGUGGCAGUGUAUGUGGUCGCUUUGCUGUCGCCCAAGGCCCACGAAUCGUACACGCUCACCGGCACAAUUAUCGGCCUGACAACAUGGGUUUACGUCCUUGUGCUCGCCACCCUACGACUAUUCCUCGGCAACACACAAUGGCGCGUCCCCUACCUCUGGAACCACACCGCCGCUAUUUACAGCUGCCAGUGGCUGUUCUUGCUUGGCAUUUUUCGCUCCGCCUUGAUCCAUCCGUCCUCCAAGUUGGCGCAAAUCCUCGUCGUCGUCGAGUUCGCCCUGACGUCGCUGCUCUUCUUCAUGUCCAUCACGACGCGCAAGGGAAACAAGACCGUCUUGCUUGAGUGGGAGGAUGGUAUUCCGCCUGCUCGGGAGAACUUGGCGUCGCUUUUCUCGUCCUUCACCUUCUCAUGGGUCGACCAGAUCGUUUGGCAAGGCUACAAGGAGCCGUUCGAGAUGAGCAAGGUCUGGAACCUACUGCCUAAGGACAAGGCAGCCACCGUCCUGUCUCAUUACAGAAGGGUCAAGAAGACGACGAAACUAUACUGGCACUUGCUGCGCUACUUCAAGACUGAUCUGCUGGCACAAGCUGGAUGGGCCGUGAUCUCCGGUAUGUUCACCUUUGCCCCGACGAUGCUUCUCAAGGCAAUUCUGGAGUACGUGGAACAACCAGAAAGCGCGCCCAGGAGCGUGGUUUGGCUUUACGUCAUUCUACUCCCCGUUACCGACAUAAUCCGGUCCCUGGGUGACAACCGUGCGCUUUGGAUCGGCCGGAAGAUCUGCAUCAAUGUGCGUGCCAUCCUGGUCGGUGAGAUCUAUGCCAAAGCCCUCAGGCGCAAGGCGGCUACCGGAAAGGAUACUAUUUUGGGAUCCGACAAGAAGGAGGAGAAGAGCCAGGGCGGCUUCAUAAGCAAGAUCAAAAAGAUGCUUUGUCUCGGCGGCACAGAUGAGUCGGAAGAUGGAGAAGAUGGCGACAAGGGCAAGGAAGACUCGGCAGAUGAACAGGCAAACCAUGGAACGAUUAUCAACUUGAUGUCAGUCGACAGCUUCAACGUCUCCGAGGUCACGUCCUACCUUCAUUUCCUCUUCGCCUCGGCACCCACUCAGCUGCUGGUUUCCGUCGUCCUGCUUUACCAGGUUCUCGGGUUGAGCGCUAUCCCUGGCUUCAUUGUCAUGGUCCUGCUUCUCCCUGUGAACAUUGGCUUCGGCAGAGCUUUCAACAGCACGCAGAAGAAGAUCAUGGCCUGCAGCGACAAACGUAUACACUCGACCAACGAAGUUCUGCAGAACAUCCGCAUCAUCAAGUACUUUGCCUGGGAGCACAGGUUCGGCGAGAGUGUGGACGAGAAGAGAAAGGCGGAGCUCAAGGCACUCAGGGCGCGAUACAUGGUGUGGGCUUGCGCCGUUGCUGUGUGGAACACGGUGCCGAUACUGAUCACCUUCUUCUCCUUCCUGGUGUACACGACGAUUGAGAAACGCCCCUUGCAUCCCUCGAUUGCAUUCACGUCUAUCUCGCUCUUCAUGCUCCUGAGACACCCACUGGACCAGCUUGGCGACAUGUUGGCCCACGUUCAGGAGGCUAAGGUAUCGAUUGACCGUAUCGAGGAGUUCCUGAGCGAGGAGGAGACAGACAAAUUUAUUCAGCUUGGAGAGGACAAUGUUAACGAAGAAGGAAAUCGUAUCAUUGCCCUUAAGGAUGCUGCUUUCAUCUGGGGUGGCAAGGACGUCAUUGAAGCUGAUGGAUCUCAGGCGUUCCGCCUCCUGGACAUCGAUACUGAGUUCAUGAUUGGCAAGCUCAAUGUCAUCACUGGCCCGACCGGUUCGGGCAAGACUUCGCUGCUGAUGGCGCUUCUUGGCGAGAUGACUCUCCUCAAGGGUCGCGUUUACCUGCCCGGAGGCCGGAGCCGUGAAGAUGUUCGCCCUGACCCCGAGACCGGCCUUGCGGAAACUUGCGCGUACGUUGCUCAGCAGGCCUGGUUGGUUAAUGCCAGCAUCAAAGACAACAUUCUGUUCUCGGCACGCUUUGAUGAGAAGAGGUAUCGGGAUGUCAUUGUUGCUUGUGCGCUGGAGCGCGACUUGGAAAUUCUUGACAAUGGUGAUGAAACCUUGGUUGGCGAAAAGGGCAUUACACUCUCCGGAGGCCAGAAGCAGCGCAUAUCCCUGGCUCGCGCCGUCUAUUCCAACUCAAAGCACUUGCUCCUUGACGACUGUCUUAGUGCUGUAGACUCGCAUACGGCCCAGUGGAUUUUCAACAACUGCAUCAGGGGCCCGUUGAUGAAGGACCGAACCUGUAUCAUGGUCACACAUAACAUCCCGCUGUGCGUGCCGCACGCCGACUUUGUGGUCGUCAUGGACAACGGAAGAAUCACCCACCAGGGCCGAGCACUAGAGCUUAUCACUUCGGGAGCGCUUGGCGAGGAGAUUGCUCAGAAGGCCAAGUCAGACACUCCCAACAUCUCCAGAAUUCCUUCUCGUGUGCCGUCGAGCGUUGGUGAGGGUAGUGGUAACACACUCCUCGAUACCGACGGCGACGAUCACCUGUCCAAGCCCAAAGACACCAAGAAGCCGAAGAAGGCCGAAGCCCUGGAAGAAACAAAGGCUACAGGUGCUGUGAAAUGGCCUGUUAUGAAGCUAUACCUGGCCUCCAUGGGGUCUUGGUGGUUCUGGGUUGUUGCGGCCGGCAUCUUCAUGUCUCAGCAGGCCAGCGACGUUGCCUCUAACCUCUGGAUCAAACAGUGGGCAAGCCAGUACACUACCGAGAUAUCCAGUAUUCCCAUCUCGACUAGCUCGCACACCUACGGCACUCAGUCGUUUGCCCCCAAGUACAUGGUGCCUGUGCAAACCUAUGUCAAGGAUCAACUAGCCAGAAAUGGCAACGCUACCGCUCUCGACAUUGUUGUCAACUCCGAAGUCAAUGCACAGUACUACCUCGUCAUUCUUGCGAUUAUUGGUCUUGCGGGUUCUUUGACGGCAUUCCUCCGUGAUCUUUGGAUCUUUUUCGGGUCGCUUACGGCCUCAGCCAAGAUACAUACGCGUUUGCUGGGUGCUGUCACUCGUGCCAAGUUCAGGUUCUUUGAUGUCACGCCAUUGGGCCAAAUGAUGAACAGGUUUUCAAAGGAUAUGGAAGCUGUCGACCAGGAGGUGGCGCCAAUUGCCAUUGGAAUUUUGAGCUGCGCCCUGGGUAUCACAGUGACCGUUGUGUUGAUUGCCUCCAUCACCCCCGGAUUUCUCAUCGCCGCCGUCUUUAUCACAAUGGCAUACGUGUUGCUGGCCAAAUUCUACCUGACUUCAUCACGAGACCUGAAACGUCUUGAAUCUGUGCAGCGUAGCCCACUGUUCCAACAGUUUGGCGAGACUUUAAGCGGCGUCACCACCAUCCGAGCUUAUGGCGAUGAGCGUCGAUUCGUCAGAGACAACUUGACCCGCAUCAACGGCCAGCUGCGACCCAUGAUUUACCUCUGGGCUACCAACAGAUGGCUCGCCUUCCGUACGGAUCUAUUGGGUGAUUUCGUAUCCUUCUUCGCCGGUGUCUUUGUCAUCCUUAGUAUAGGAGUCAUCGACGCAGGGUGGGCUGGUAUUUCUUUGAGUUACGCCAUCGGAUUCGCCGAGAACAUCUUGUGGCUGGUGCGCUUGUACUCGAUCAACGAGCAGAAUAUGAACGCAGUCGAGCGUAUCAAGGAGUACCUUGAGGUCGAGCAGGAGGCAGCACCCAUCUGUGAAAACAACAGGCCGCCAAAGAACUGGCCAGCCCAAGGGUCAGUCGAGUUCAUCAACUACACUACCAGUUACCGCAAGGAGCUGGACCCGGUCCUGCGCAACGUUACGUUCAAGAUCUCCCCUCGAGAGAAGGUCGGUAUUGUUGGACGAACGGGUGCUGGAAAAAGCUCUCUGGCGCUGGCCAUCUUCAGGGCGCUUGAGGCUGACGAAGGUAAAAUCCUGAUCGACGGCAUUGACAUUGGGCUCAUCGGCCUGCGCGACUUGCGCGAGGCUAUUACUAUCGUUCCCCAGGAGCCAACCCUCUUUACGGGUACCAUCCGGUCCAAUCUGGACCCAUUUCAUUUGUUUACCGACGAGCAGAUUUACAAGUCACUGCAACGUGUGCAGCUUAUCGGCCCCGACGAGACUAUCCCUACCGCUAAUGCCUCACCUGUCGUACCGGCUUCACCAACUACACCAGGAGGCGCGAGCAACAAGAACAUUUUCCUCAAUCUCUCAUCUAAGGUCUCCGAGUCAGGAUCAAAUCUGUCGCAAGGCCAACGUCAGCUUCUUUGCCUGGCCCGCGCCCUGCUGAAGGAGCCUCGCGUUCUGGUCAUGGACGAGGCUACGGCAUCGAUUGACUACGCUACCGACAGCAAGAUCCAAGAUACUAUCCGCGAGAUGAAGGAUACGACCAUCAUCACCAUUGCUCACCGCCUGCAGACGAUUGCAGAUUACGACAAGGUUUUGGUCUUGGACAAAGGAGAGGUUGUCGAGUAUGCCCAUCCGUGGGAGCUCAUGCGCAAGGGCGAAGGGGGCAGUUUCAAGAGCAUGUGUGACAUGAGUGGCGAUACGGAAUUGCUUGCCAAGGCUGCGAAGAAGGCUUUCGACGCAAAGAAACUCAUCGACGUGGAUGACGAGGCUGCCGAUGCAGCACCUUAG